AUGUCUCAGCCCCUCCCUGGUGCUCUCCCUGGUGGUGGUGAUGUUACGACCCAGCUCCCUGAUAGUGGUGAUGUUGUCGCCAAGCGCCCUCUUAGUGGUGAUGUUACCAUCCAGCUCCCUGGUAGUGGUGGUGGUACUAUCCAGAACCCCGCUGCUGGUGGGCUCCCUGCUGAUGGUGUUACCGCCCCAGCUGUCUGCUAUGCUAUUUGCAAUGAAAACGGCAUCCGUAUCAACUACAGGCUCAGCAUCUUCACCGCCAGAGCGCGCAUCAACCGCCACCGCCACCACCUCCUCCUCGACUACAUCCUCGACGACACCCUCGAUGACAUCCUCGAUGGCAUCCCCGACGAUAUCCCCGAUGGUAUCCCCAACGAUAACCCCGACACACCCCAUUCAUCAACAACGAGCAAAGCCUGGAUAGCUGGCCCAGUCGUCGGUUCCAUUGCCGUGUUGGCGCUCAUCCUCAUCUUUCUUCUUUACAUUCGGAAAAGGGGUCAAAAAACAACUAUCACGCAUAAUGAGUCGGGUUUACACCUACUUAUGAGGUAG